AGUUUGUCUUCUGACUUCUAAAACGUUAACUUCCAUUUGAACAAGUACCUCUCUCUCUUUAACAAAAAUGUCGACGGAGAACAGCGAAAACGCUAUUGUGCGCGUCAGCUCCAAUAAGCGUAAGUUUGGCUACGUCGACUACGCUAAGCACCGCCUCCAUGAAGGCUACCCUGAAGUUACCAUCUCUGCACUCGGAACUGCCAUCGCUGAUGCAGUUUCCGUCGUGGAGCUCCUGAAGAACCAGGGUGUUGUGAAGGUCAAGAAGAUUCGGACCGCGCGCGCCCAGUUCGACGAUGUGCGCUCGACUACCACGGAUAAGAUUGAGAUUACCCUGGUGAAGUCUGCUGAUUUCGAUAAGAUCUACGAACAACAGCAAAAGGAGCGUGAGGAGGCCAAGGCGAAGGCUGAGGCCGACGGUGAGGACGAGUAA